AGGGGUCCUCACCUGUUUAUGAAUGCGCAGCUGAGGGUGCUGACUUUGGGCCCCAGGACGACGCCCCGAGCCGGCAAGUGUCCUCGGGGAGACGGAGAUCCUGGUGGAAGUGGGACUCAGGGGACUCGCGGACAUUUUUCAGGAUGAGUCGUCCAGAGUCCGUGCAGGAAGCCACAGAGGUGACGCUGAAGACAGAGGUGGAGGCAGGAGCCAGCGGCUACAGUGUCACGGGCGGCGGGGACCGGGGUAUCUUUGUCAAACAGGUGCUGAAGGACUCCUCGGCCGCCAAGCUCUUCAGCUUGAGAGAAGGGGACCAGCUGCUCAGCGCCACCGUGUUCUUUGACAACAUUAAAUAUGAAGACGCUCUCAAAAUCCUUCAGUAUUCAGAGCCGUACAAAGUUCAGUUCAAAAUCAGACGGAAACUCCCGGCCCGCGAGGAUGAGGAGCGGGGAACCGGGGGCGCCCAGCGCGGCCCUGAGGGCGAGGAGAAGCAGGACCAGGCCGUCGCCGACGAGAGCAAAGAGACCCCCACGAGGACGCUGGAAGGAGACGGGGACCGAGAGAGACUCAUCGCCAAGCCCAGGGUGGGGAGAGGCAGGCGGGCCCAGAGGGACAGGUUCUCCUGGCCCAAAUUCCACACAAUAACAGGAAAGCGGCGGCCGGGACCCCGGAGGUCACACAGCUCUUCGGAGGCCCACGACCGCGGGGACGUGCCUGACGUGUCCCCCACGAGCACAGACACGGAGGGCCAGCUCGUGGCCGAGCACCAGGAGCAGGAGGCAGCGCCAGGCAGCCAGCGCAGGAGCAGCUUCCUGAACCUCAGGCUCAGGGCUGGCACGGGGCAGGGCCCCUCUGCGGCAGGGCACCCGGGCCCGGAGCCCAGGGCUGGCAGCCGGGAGGACACGGGGGCUGCCUCGUACUCCAGGAGGCAGGAGGGGGCAGCACAGGUGCCAGCGGCUCAGAGCACCCAGCAGGCCACAGAGGCCCUGGCAGCCCCCGGGGAACAGGCAGGUCCCUCAGCCAGACUCCAUAGAACCAAGGAGCGGACACCCCAGGGGGAGGCUCUGCCACAGAGGAGACCUCGGACGGGGCAGGACAGGGAAGGACAGGGGGUGCGGGGCCUGGAAAUGGGGGUUGCCAGACUGUCCCUGCAGGACGGGACCGAUGGAGUCAGCACUCACAUCGGCCCACCGGAAAUCCGGGUCCGAAUACAAGAUUUAAAGACACCCAAAUUUACAUUUCCCAAAGAAAAAGUUCUGGAGAAAGAAAGAGGCGCUACUGCCCCAGAGCUGGGGAAAGGCCAGACCGUGUCAUGUGCAGAAGGCACUGGCCCUGACAGUGACACGGCGGGAGGAGCAGAGGACCCGGCAGCCACGGAGCCCAUCACACCAGGGCCAGGCCAUGAGGGGGCAGGGGGACCCAGGGGGGCCGGUAUGCAGGGCACAGGCGGGGCGCAAGAGGAAGGAACGGACGAGGGAAGAGAAGAAAAACCAAAAGGGCACAAGUUCAAAAUGCCGUCCUUUGGGUGGUCACCAAGCAAAGAGCCAAAGGCAGUGAGGACAAAGCAUACCUGGGACAAGGACGAGGGCCAGGAGGGAGCUGCCGCGGUGGGCACAACAGGGGACAGAGGCAAACCCAGGGAGGGAGAGGAAGAACAGGUGCAUGCUGGAGAAAAAGACACAAUAAAACAAGAAAUAACCUUGGGGGACAAGGACGUGGCCGCCAAAGAUAGCAAGUUCAAGAUGCCCAAGAUCAAGAUGCCGUCCUUUGGGGUGUCGGCCCCCGGCAAGUCCAUCGAGGCCUCGCUGGAAGUGUCCGCGCCCAAGAUGGAGGCCGACGUGUCCCUGCCCUCCGUCCAGGGCGACCUCAAGAGCAGUGACCUCAGCAUUCAGCUCCCAAGCGCCGACCUGGAGGUACAGGCUGGCCAGGUGGACGUCCAGCUCCCGGAGGGCCAGGUGCCCGAGGCAGAUGUGGCGGUACAGGCGUCUGGAGCCGGCCUCAAGGGCCACCUGCCCAAGGUGCAGAUGCCCAGCUUCAAGAUGCCCAAGGUGGACAUCAAGGGCCCCCAGGUGGACGUCAAGGGCCCCAAGCUGGAUCUGAAAGGACCAAAGGGGCAGGUGACCGCCAGCGACGUAAAAGUAUCUGUGUCCGGAGCGGAGGUGGACGUCCAGGCGCCCGGUGCCAAGCUGGGGCCCGUGCGGCUGGAGGGGGACCUGUCCCUGGGCGACAAGGACGUGGCCGCCAAAGACAGCAAGUUCAAGAUGCCCAAGUUCAAGAUGCCGUCCUUUGGGGUGUCAGCCCCCGGCAAGUCCAUCGAGGCCUCGCUGGAAGUGUCCGCGCCCAAGGUGGAGGCCGACGUGUCCCUGCCCUCCGUCCAGGGUGACCUCAAGACCAGUGACCUCACCACUCAGCUCCCGAGCGCCGACCUUGCGGUCCAGGCUGGCCAGGUGGACGUUAAGCUCCCGGAGGGCCAGGUGCCCGAGGCAGACGUGGCGGGACAGGCGUCUGGAGCCGGCCUCAAGGGCCACCUGCCCAAGGUGCAGAUGCCCAGCUUCAAGAUGCCCAAGGUGGACAUCAAGGGCCCCCAGGUGGACGUCAGGGGUCCCAGGCUGGACGUGAAAGGCCCCAAGGGGCAGGUGACCGCCCCCGAUGUGGAUGUGUCUGUGUCCGUGCCUGGCAUGGAGGUGGACGUCCAGGCGCCCGGUGCCAAGCUGGAGCCCGUGCGGCUGGACGGGGAACUGUCCCUGGGCGACAAGGACGUGGCCGCCAAAGACAGCAAGUUCAAGAUGCCCAAGUUCAAGAUGCCGUCCUUUGGGGUGUCGGCCACCAGCAAGUCCAUCGAGGCCUCACUGGAUGUGUCCGUGCCCAACAUGGAGGCCGACGUGUCUCUGCCCUCCGUGCAGGGCGACCUCAAGACAAGUGACCUUACCAUUCAGCUUCCCAGCGCCGACCUGGAGGUCCAGGCUGGCCAGGUGGACGUCAAACUCCCGGAGGGCCAGGUGCCCGAGGCAGAUGUGGCGGUACAGGCAUCUGGAGCCAGCCUCAAGGGCCACCUGCCCAAGGUGCAGAUGCCCAGCUUCAAGAUGCCCAAGGUGGACAUCAAGGGCCCCCAGGUGGACGUUAAGGGCCCCAAGCUGGACCUGAAAGGCCCCAAGGGGCAGGUGACCGCCCCCGACGUGGACGUGUCUGUGUCCGGAGCGGAGGAGGACGUCCAGGCGACCGGUGCCAAGCUGGAGCCCGUGCGGCUGGACGGGGAACUGUCCAUGGGCGACAAGGACGUGGCCGCCAAAGACAGCAAGUUCAAGAUGCCCAAGUUCAAGAUGCCGUCCUUCGGGGUGUCGGCCCCCGGCAAGUCCAUCGAGGCCUCGCUGGAAGUGUCUGCGCCCAAGGUGGAGGCCGACGUGUCCCUGUCCUCCGUCCAGGGCAACCUCAAGACCAGUGACCUCACCAUUGAGCUCCCCAGCGCCGACCUUGCGGUCCAGGCUGGCCAGGUGGACGUCAAGCUCCCGGAGGGCCAGGUGCCCGAGGCAGACGUGGCGGCACAGGAGUCUGGAGCCGGCCUCAAGGGCCACCUGCCCAAGGUGCAGAUGCCCAGCUUCAAGAUGCCCAAGGUGGACAUCAAGGGCCCCCAGGUGGACGUGAGGGGUCCCAGGCUGGACCUGAAAGGCCCCGAGGGGCAGGUGACCGCCCCGGAUGUGGAUGUGUCUGUUUCCGUGCCUGGCAUGGACGUGGACGUCCAGGCGCCCACUGCCAAGCUGGAGCCUGUGCGGCUGGAAGGGGACUUGUCCCUGGGCGCCAAGGACGUGGCCGCCAAAGACAGCAAGUUCAAGAUGCCGAAGUUCAAGAUGCCGUCCUUCGGGGUAUCGGCCCCAGGCAAGUCCAUUGAGGCCUCGCUGGAGGUGUCCGCGCCCAAGAUGGAGGCCGACGUGUCUCUGCCCUCCGUCCAGGGCGACCUGACGACCAGUGACCUCACCAUUCAGCUCCCGAGCCCCGACCUGGAGGUCCAGGCUGGCCAGGUGAGCGUCAAACUCCCGGAGGGCCAGGUGCCCGAGGCAGAGGUGGCGGCACAGGCGUCUGGAGCCGGCCUCAAGGGCCACCUGCCCAAGGUGCAGAUGCCCAGCUUCAAGAUGCCCAAGGUGGACAUCAAGGGCCCCCAGGUGGACGUGAAGGGCCCCAAGCUGGACCUGAAAGGCCCCAAGGGGCAGGUGACCGCCCCCGAUGUUGAGGUGUCUGUGUCCGUGCCUGGCAUGGAGGUGGACGUCCAGGUGCCCAGUGCCAAGCUGGGGCCCGUGGAGCUGGAGGGGGACCUGUCCCUGGGCGACAAGGACGUAGCCACCAAAGACAGCAAAUUCAAGAUGCCGAAGUUCAAGAUGCCGUCCUUCGGGGUGUCGGCCCCCGGCAAGUCCAUCGAGGCCUCGCUGGAAGUGUCCGCGCCCAAAGUGGAGGCCGACGUGUCUCUGCCCUCCGUCCCGGGUGACCUCAAGACCAGUGACCUUACCAUUCAGCUCCCCAGCGCCGACCUGGAGGUCCAGGCAGGCCAGGUGGACGUCAAGCUCCCAGAGGGCCAGGUGCCCGAGGCAGACAUGGCGGCACAGGUGUCUGGAGCCAGCCUCAAGGGCCACCUGCCCAAGGUGCAGAUGCCCAGCUUCAAGAUGCCGAAGGUGGACAUCAAGGGCCCCCAGGUGGACGUGAAGGGCCCCCAGGUGGACGUCAAGGGCACGAAGCUGCACCUGAAAGGCCCCAAGGGGCAGGUGACCACCCCCGAUGUGGACGUGUGUGUGUCUGUGCCCGGAGAGGAGGUGGACGUCCAGGCGCCCGGUGCCAAGAUGGAGCCCAUGCGGCUAGAGGGGGACCUGUCCCUGGGUGACAAGGAAGUGCCCGCCAAAGACAGCAAGUUCAAGAUGCCCAGGUUCAAGAUGCCGUCCUUCGGGGUGUCGGCCCCCGGCAAGUCCAUCGAGGCAUCGCUGGAAGUGUCCGCGCCCAAGAUGGAGGCCGACGUGUCCCUGCCCUCCGUCCAGGGCGACCUCAAGACCAGUGACCUCACCAUUCAGCUCCCCAGCGCCGACCUGGAGGUCCAGGCUGGCAAGGCGGACGUCAAGCUCCCAGAGGGCCAGGGGCCCGAGGGAGACAUGGCGGCACAGGAGUCUGGAGCCAGCCUCAAGGGCCACCUGCCCAAGGUGCAGAUGCCCAGCUUCAAGAUGCCGAAGGUGGACAUCAAGGGCCCCCAGGUGGACGUGAAGGGCCCCAAGCUGGACCUGAAAGGCCCCAAGGGGCAGGUGACCGCCCCUGACGUGGAUGUCUCCGUGUCCGGAGCGGAGGUGGACGUCCAGGCGACCAGUGCCAAGCUGGAGCCCGGGCGGCUGGAGGGGGACCUGUCCAUGGGCGACAAGGACGUGGCCGCCAAAGACAGCAAGUUCAAGAUGCCCAAGUUGAAGAUGCCGUCCUUUGGGGUGUCGGCCCCCGGUAAGUCCUUCGAGGCCUCGCUAGAAGUGUCUGCCCCCAAGGAGGAGGCCGACGUGUCCCUGCCCUCCGUCCAGGGCGACCUCAAGACCAGUGACCUCACCAUUCAGCUCCCCAGCGCCGACCUGGAGGUCCAGGCUGGCCAGGUGGGCGUCAAACUCCCGGAGGGCCAGGUGCCCGAGGCAGACAUGGCGGCACAGGCGUCUGGAGCCGGCCUCAAGGGCCACCUGCCCAAGGUGCAGAUGCCCAGCUUCAAGAUGCCCAAGGUGGACAUCAAGGGCCCCCAGUUGGAUGUGAAGGGCCCCAAGCUGGACCUGAAAGGCCCCAAGGGGCAGGUGACCGCCCCCGAUGUUGAGGUGUCUGUGUCCGUGCCUGGCAUGGAGGUGGACGUCCAGGCGCCCGGUGCCAAGCUGGGGCCUGUGGAGCUGGAGGGGGACCUGUCCCUGGGCGACAAGGACGUGGCCGCCAAAGACAGCAAGUUCAAGAUGCCCAAGUUCAAGAUGCCGUCCUUCGGGGUGUCGGCCCCUGGCAAGUCCAUCGAGGCAUCGCUGGAAGUGUCCCCGCCCAAGGUGGAGGCCGACGUGUCCCUGCCCUCCAUCCAGGGCGACCUCAAGACCAGUGACCUUACCAUUCAGCUCCCCAGCGCCGACCUGGAGGUCCAGGCUGGCCAGGCGGACGUCAAACUACCAGAGGGCCAGGUGCCCAAGGGAGACAUGGCGGCACAGGCGUCUGGAGCCAGCCUCAAGGGCCACCUGCCCAAGGUGCAGAUGCCCAGCUUCAAGAUGCCGAAGGUGGACAUCAAGGGCCCCCAGGUGGACGUGAAGGGCCCCAAGCUGGACCUGAAAGGCCCCAAGGGGCAGGUGACCGCCCCCGACGUGGACGUGUCUGUCUCUGGAGUAGAGGUGGACGUCCAGGCGCCCGGUGCCAAGCUGGAGCCCAUGCGGCUGGACGGGGACCUGUCCCUGGGUGACAAGCACGUGGCCACCAAAGAGAGCAAGUUCAAGAUGCCCAAGUUCAAGAUGCCAUCCUUCGGGGUGUCGGCCCCCGGCAAGUCCAUCGAGGCAUCGCUGGAAGUGUCCGUGCCCAAGAUGGAGGCCGACAUGUCCCUGCCCUCCGUCCAGGGCGACCUCAAGACCAGUGACCUCAGCAUUCAGCUCCCCAGCGCCGCCCUGGACGUCCAGGCUGGCAAGGCGGACGUCAAGCUCCCAGAGGGCCAGGGGUCCGAGGCAGACAUGGCGGCACAGGAGUCUGGAGCCAGCCUCAAGGGCCACCUGCCCAAGGUGCAGAUGCCCAGCUUCAAGAUGCCAAAGGUGGACAUCAAGGGCCCCCAGGUGGACGUGAAGGGCCCCAAGCUGGACCUGAAAGGCCCCAAGGGGCAGGUGACCGCCCCUGACGUGGAUGUCUCCGUGUCCGGAGCGGAGGUGGACGUCCAGGCGACCAGUGCCAAGCUGGAGCCCGUGCGGCUGGAGGGGGACCUGUCCUUGGGCGACAAGGACGUGGCCGCCAAAGACAGCAAGUUCAAGAUGCCCAAGUUGAAGAUGCCGUCCUUUGGGGUGUCGGCCCCCGGUAAGUCCAUCGAGGCCUCGCUAGAAGUUUCUGCCCCCAAGGAGGAGGCCGACGUGUCCCUGCCCUCCGUCCAGGGCGACCUCAAGACCAGUGACCUCACCAUUCAGCUCCCCAGCGCCGACCUGGAGGUCCAGGCUGGCCAGGUGGGCGUCAAACUCCCGGAGGGCCAGGUGCCCGAGGCAGACAUGGCGGCACAGGCGUCUGGAGCCGGCCUCAAGGGCCACCUGCCCAAGGUGCAGAUGCCCAGCUUCAAGAUGCCCAAGGUGGACAUCAAGGGCCCCCAGGUGGAUGUGAAGGGCCCCAAGCUGGACCUGAAAGGCCCCAAGGGGCAGGUGACUGCCCCCGAUGUUGAGGUGUCUGUGUCCGUGCCUGGCAUGGAGGUGGACGUCCAGGCGCCCAGUGCCAAGCUGGGGCCCGUGGAGCUGGAGGGGGACCUGUCCCUGGGCGACAAGGACGUGGCCGCCAAAGACAGCAAGUUCAAGAUGCCCAAGUUCAAGAUGCCGUCCUUCGGGGUGUCGGCCCCUGGCAAGUCCAUCGAGGCAUCGCUGGAAGUGUCCCCGCCCAAGGUGGAGGCCGACGUGUCCCUGCCCUCCGUCCAGGGCGACCUCAAGACCAGUGACCUUACCAUUCAGCUCCCCAGCGCCGACCUGGAGGUCCAGGCUGGCCAGGCGGACGUCAAACUACCAGAGGGCCAGGUGCCCAAGGGAGACAUGGCGGCACAGGCGUCUGGAGCCAGCCUCAAGGGCCACCUGCCCAAGGUGCAGAUGCCCAGCUUCAAGAUGCCCAAGGUGGACAUCAAGGGCCCCCAGGUGGAUGUGAAGGGCCCCAAGCUGGACCUGAAAGGCCCCAAGGGGCAGGUGACCGCCCCCGAUGUUGAGGUGUCUGUGUCCGUGCCUGGCAUGGAGGUGGACGUCCAGGCGCCCGGUGCCAAGCUGGAGCCCAUGCGGCUGGACGGGGACCUGUCCCUGGGUGACAAGCACGUGGCCACCAAAGAGAGCAAGUUCAAGAUGCCCAAGUUCAAGAUGCCAUCCUUCGGGGUGUCGGCCCCCGGCAAGUCGAUCGAGGCCUCGCUGGAUGUGUCCGCGCCCAAGAUGGAGGCUGACGUGUCUCUGCCCUCCGUCCAGGGCGACCUCAAGACCAGUGACCUCACCCUUCAGCUCCCCAGCACCGACCUGGAGGUCCAGGCUGGCCAGUUGAGCGUCAAACUCCCGGAGGGCCAGCUGCCCGAGGCAGACGUGGCGGCACAGGCGUCUGGAGCCGGCCUCAAGGGCCACCUGCCCAAGGUGCAGAUGCCCAGCUUCAAGAUGCCCAAGGUGGACAUCAAGGGCCCCCAGGUGGACGUGAAGGGCCCCAAGCUGGACCUGAAAGGCCCCAAGGGGCAGGUGACCGCCCCCGAUGUUGAUGUGUCUGUGUCCGUGCCUGGCAUGGAGGUGGACGUCCAGGCGCCCAGUGCCAAGCUGGGGCCCGUGGAGCUGGAGGGGGACCUGUCCCUGGGCGACAAGGACGUGGCCGCCAAAGACAGCAAGUUCAAGAUGCCCAAGUUCAAGAUGCCGUCCUUCGGGGUGUCGGCCCCCGGCAAGUCCAUCGAGGCAUCACUGGAAGUGUCCGCGCCCAAGGUGGAGGCCGACGUGUCCCUGCCCUCCAUCCAGGGCGACCUCAAGACCAGUGACCUUACCAUUCAGCUCCCCAGCGCCGACCUGGAGGUCCAGGCUUGCCAGGUGGACGUCAAGCUCCCAGAGGUCCAGGUGCCCGAGGGAGGCUUGGCGGCACAGGCGUCUGGAGCCAGCCUCAAGGGCCACCUGCCCAAGGUGCAGAUGCCCAGCUUCAAGAUGCCCAAGGUGGACAUCAAGGGCCCCCAGGUGGACGUGAAGGGCCCCAAGCUGGACCUGAAAGGCCCAAAGGGGCAGGUGACCACCCCCGACGUGGACAUGUGUGUGUCUGUGUCCGGAGCGGAGGUGGACAUCCAAGCGCCCAUUGCCAAGCUGGGGCCCGUGGAGCUGGAGGGGGACCUGUCCGUGGGUGACAAGGAAGUGCCUGCCAAAGACAGCAAGUUCAAGAUGCCCAAGUUCAAGAUGCCGUCCUUCGGGGUGUCGGCCCCCGGCAAGUCCAUCGAGGCCUCGCUGGAUGUGUCCGUGCCCAAGAUGGAGGCCGACGUGUCCCUGCCCUCCAUCCAGGGCGACCUCAAGACCAGUGACCUCAGCAUUCAGCUCCCCAGCGCCGACCUGGAGGUCCAGGCUGGCCAGGUGGACGUCAAACUACCAGAGGGCCAGGUGCCCGAGGCAGACAUGGCAGCACAGGCGUCUGGAGCCGGCCUCAAGGGCCACCUGCCCAAGGUGCAGAUGCCCAGCUUCAAGAUGCCCAAGGUGGACAUCAAGGGCCCCCAGGUGGACGUGAGGGGUCCCAGGCUGGACCUGAAAGGCCCCGAGGGGCAGGUGACCGCCCCCGAUGUGGAUGUGUCUGUUUCCGUGCCUGGCAUGGACGUGGACGUCCAGGCGUCCACUGCCAAGCUGGAGCCUGUGCGGCUGGAAGGGGACUUGUCCCUGGGCGCCAAGGACAUGGCCGCCAAAGACAGCAAGUUCAAGAUGCCGAAGUUCAAGAUGCCGUCCUUCGGGGUAUCGGCCCCCGGCAAGUACAUUGAAGCCUCGCUGGAGGUGUCCGCGCCCAAGAUGGAGGCCGACGUGUCUCUGCCCUCCGUCCAGGGCGACCUGACGACCAGUGACCUCACCAUUCAGCUCCCGAGCCCCGACCUGGAGGUCCAGGCUGGCCAGGUGGACGUCAAACUCCCGGAGGGCGAGGUGCCCGAGGCAGACGUGACGGCACAGGCGUCUGGAGCCGGCUUCAAGGGCCACCUGCCCAAGGUGCACAUGCCCAGCUUCAAGAUGCCCAAGGUGGACAUCAAGGGCCCCCAGGUGGACGUGAAGGGCCCCAAGCUGGACCUGAAAGGCCCCAAGGGGCAGGUGACCGCCCCCGACGUGGACGUGUCUGUCUCUGGAGUAGAGGUGGACGUCCUGGUGCCCGGUGCCAAGCUGGAGCCCAUGCGGCUGGACGGGGACCUGUCCCUGGGUGACAAGGACGCGGCCACCAAAGAGAGCAAGUUCAAGAUGCCCAAGUUCAAGAUGCCAUCCUUCGGGGUGUCGGCCCCCGGCAAGUCAAUCGAGGCCUCGCUGGAUGUGUCCGCGCCCAAGAUGGAGGCUGACGUGUCUCUGCCCUCCGUCCAGGGCGACCUCAAGACCAGUGACCUCACCAUUCAGCUCCCCAGCACCGACCUAGAGGUCCAGGCUGGCCAGGUGAGCGUCAAACUCCCGGAGGGCCAGGUGCCCGAGGCAGACUUGGCGGCACAGGCGUCUGGAGCCGGCCUCAAGGGCCACCUGCCCAAGGUGCAGAUGCCCAGCUUCAAGAUGCCCAAGGUGGACAUCAAGGGCCCCCAGGUGGACGUGAAGGGCCCCAAGCUGGACCUGAAAGGCCCCAAGGGGCAGGUGACCGCCCCCGAUGUUGAGGUGUCUGUGUCCGUGCCUGGCAUGGAGGUGGACGUCCAGGCGCCCAGUGCCAAGCUGGGGCCCGUGGAGCUGGAGGGGGACCUGUCCCUGGGCGACAAGGACGUGGCCGCCAAAGACAGCAAGUUCAAGAUGCCCAAGUUCAAGAUGCCGUCCUUCGGGGUGUCGGCCCCCGGCAAGUCCAUCGAGGCAUCGCUGGAAGUGUCCGCGCCCAAGGUGGAGGCCGACGUGUCCCUGCCCUCCGUCCAGGGCGACCUCAAGACCAGUGACCUUACCAUUCAGCUCCCCAGCGCCGACCUGGAGGUCCAGGCUGGCCAGGCGGACGUCAAGCUCCCAGAGGUCCAGGUGCCCGAGGGAGACAUGGCGGCACAGGCGUCUGGAGCCAGCCUCAAGGGCCACCUGCCCAAGGUGCAGAUGCCCAGCUUCAAGAUGCCCAAGGUGGACAUCAAGGGCCCCCAGGUGGACAUGAAGGGCCCCAAGCUGGACCUGAAAGGCCUCAAGGGGCAGGUGACCGUCCCCGAUGUGGACGUGUCUGUCUGUGGAGUGGAGGUGGACGUCCAGGCGCCUGGUGCCAAGCUGGAGCCCGUGCAGCUGGACGGGGACCUGUCCCUGGGUGACAAGCACGUGGCCACCAAAGAGAGCAAGUUCAAGAUGCCCAAGUUCAAGAUGCCAUCCUUCGGGGUGUCGGCCCCCGGCAAGUCGAUCGAGGCCUCGCUGGAUGUGUCCGUGCCCAAGAUGGAGGCCGACGUGUCCCUGCCCUCCGUCCAGGGCGACCUCAAGACCAGUGACCUUACCAUUCAGCUCCCCAGCGCUGACCUGGAGGUCCAGGCUGGCCAGGUGGGCGUCAAACUCCCGGAGGGUGAGGUGCCCGAGGCAGACGUGGCGGCACAGGCGUCUGGAGCCGGCCUCAAGGGCCACCUGCCCAAGGUGCAGAUGCCCAGCUUCAAGAUGCCCAAGGUGGACAUCAAGGGCCCCCAGGUGGACGUGAAGGGCCCCAAGCUGGACCUGAAAGGCCUCAAGGGGCAGGUGACCGUCCCCGAUGUGGACGUGUCUGUCUGUGGAGUGGAGGUGGACGUCCAGGCGCCUGGUGCCAAGCUGGAGCCCGUGCAGCUGGACGGGGACCUGUCCCUGGGUGACAAGCACGUGGCCACCAAAGAGAGCAAGUUCAAGAUGCCCAAGUUCAAGAUGCCAUCCUUCGGGGUGUCGGCCCCCGGCAAGUCGAUCGAGGCCUCGCUGGAUGUGUCCGUGCCCAAGAUGGAGGCCGACGUGUCCCUGCCCUCCGUCCAGGGCGACCUCAAGACCAGUGACCUUACCAUUCAGCUCCCCAGCGCUGACCUGGAGGUCCAGGCUGGCCAGGUGGGCGUCAAACUCCCGGAGGGUGAGGUGCCCGAGGCACACGUGGCGGCACAGGCGUCUGGAGCCGGCCUCAAGGGCCACCUGCCCAAGGUGCAGAUGCCCAGCUUCAAGAUGCCCAAGGUGGACAUCAAGGGCCCCCAGGUGGACGUGAAGGGCCCCAAGCUGGACCUGAAAGGCCCCAAGGGGCAGGUGACCACCCCCGAUUUUGAUGUGCCUGUGUCCGUGCCUGGCAUGGAGGUAGACGUCCAGGCGCCCAGUGCCAAGGUGGGGCCCGUGGAGCUGGAAGGGGACCUGUCCCUGGGCGACAAGGACGUGGCCGCCAAAGACAGCACGUUCAAGAUGCCCAAGUUCAAGAUGCCAUCCUUCGGGGUGUCAGCCCUCGGCAAGUCGAUCGAGGCCUCGCUGGAUGUGUCCGCGCCCAAGAUGGAGGCUGACGUGUCUCUGCCCUCCGUCCUGGGUGACCUCAAGACCAGUGACCUGAGCAUUCACCUCCCCAGUGCCGACCUGGAGGUCCAGGCUGACCAGGCGGACGUCAAACUACCAGAGGGCCAGAUGCCCGAGGCAGACAUGGCGGCACAGGCGUCUGGAGCCAGCCUCAAGGGCCACCUGCCCACGGUGCAGAUACCCAGUUUCAAGAUGCCUAAGGUGGACAUCAAGGGCCCCCAGGUGGACGUGAAGGGCCCCAAGCUGGACCUGAAAGGCCCCAAGGGGCAGGUGACCGCCCCCGACUUGGACGUGUCUGUGUCCGGAGCGGAGGUGUACGUCCAGGCGCCCAGUGCCAAGCUGAAGCCCGUGCGGCCUGAGGGGGACCUGUCCCUGGGCGACAAGGACGUGGCCGCCAAAGACAGCACGUUCAAGAUGCCCAAGUUCAAGUUGCUGUCCUUCGGGGUGUCGGCCCCCGGCAAGUCCAUUGAGGCCUCGCUGGAAGUGUCCGCGCCCAAGGUGGAGGCCGACGUGUACCUCCCCUCCGUCCAGGGCGACCUCAAGACCAGUGACCUUACCAUUCAGCUCCCCAGCGCCGACCUGGAGGUCCAGGCUGGCCAGGUGGACGUCAAACUCCCGGAGGGCCAGGUGCCCCAGGCAGACAUGGCGGCACAGGCGUCUGGAGCCGGCCUCAAGGGCCACCUGCCCAAGGUGCAGAUGCCCAGCUUCAAGAUGCCCAAGGUGGACAUCAAGGGCCCCCCGGUGGACAUCAGGUGUCCCAAGCUGGACCUGAAAGGCCCCAAGGGGCAGGUGACCGCCCCCGACGAGGACGUGUCUGUGUCCGGAGCAGAGGUGGACGUCCAGGCGCCCGGUGUCAAGCUGGAGCCCGUGCGGCUGGAGGGGGACCUGUCCCUGGGUGACAAGGACGUGGACACCAAAGAUAGCAAGUUCAAGCUGUCCAGGUCGGGAUUCUCAGGCGACAGUGUGGUGAUUUCUGGAUCUUCAUCCUAUGAAGUUUCCGUGGUCACGUCUGACGGAGUGGGCAGCGUGUUCUCCCCUGAGCCUACUUCCAAUGUAGGUGAAAUGGACUCAGGUGUCGCUCUGGAGUAUCAUCUUCCUGAUCCCAGUAUUGACCGUAGCUUUCGUGGUUAUGUUAGAAAAGAUCCGGAGAUAAUCAAAGUUAGGAAAUCCCAUUUCAAAGUUUCCAGUUUGUUUUCUUCUGGUGCCAAAACUCCCAAAGACUCCGUGGCUGCUGGUGACCAGUCGGUGGGACGUGUGCCCAGCGCUGCCUUGGCGGCCCCCGCAGAGACGCAGAGCCCUGAGCUGCCGGGACCAGCUCAGGCUUCGGGGGACCCCCCGGCGCUGGGCCCCACCUUCACGCUGGCCGGGUUUCCUUCUUCCCGGCUUGACCUCUCGGCUGCCCUGGGCGAGUCCUGCGUGUACACUCCCAGUGCGGCCGUCACUCUCACGAAGUACCAGGUGACUGCGCCCUGGGCCGUGUUGUCCCCUCAGCCUUCCCUGGAGCCUUCCCGUGGGUGCGACGCUGACGUUGGCCCUCACAGCACAGAUCGCUCCGGUGACCGGCAGCCUCGUGACGGGGUUCCAGUGUCCCCCCCUGAUAGUGGCGCUGGCCUGGAGUAUGCCACGAUUCCGGCUUCUCACAGUCAUGUGACUUUUCCUAAGUUCCAUAAACCUAAGUUUGGGUUUUCCGUCCCCAAGGCAGCGGUUCAUGAGGGAGCCGCACACGGGGCAGAGUGUUUCCGGGUCCCGUCCCCUCCUAGCCCUGCAACGGAAGAGCCCCUGCAGCUGUCCGCCCCCGCCGUGGCAAGUCCAGAGGAGGAGGCCGCCGCGGGGGGGAUGGCCGUGGACUCCCAGGGGCGCUGGUUUAAGAUGCCCACGCUCCGCAUGCCCCGCUUCGGGCGCUCCUCCCGGGACAGGGGCGGGGCCGGGAAGCAGGAAGUGGCUGCAGCUGGAGCCAAGGAGCUCCUGGGUCCUGCCUCAUGCCUGGGGGACAGCGCGUCCCUGCGGCCCCCAGAAGCAGAAGCAGCUGUGACAGCUUCUGAGAGCAAACUGUCCACAGGUGUCCUCGGGCAGGAUCCUGGCGGCACAGGCUCGCAGCUGGUCCUCCCCAGCCCUGGGAGGCCCGAGGCCGAUCUUUCCCCUUCCAGGGCCAGGGUCCCGCCAGCCGAAGGCUCCCUCCCACUUGUGACGGCUGGCCCGGGACUCCCAGAGAGCCGGGCUCCUCCAGGAGAAGCAGGCGGGACUCCUGUUCCCACGCCAGGAGAGCGAGACCUUGCCAGGGUGGAGGUGACGACAGGGGAACGGUCUUCCCAGCUGGAGGGGCCUCUUAGGCUGAAAGCUUCAAGCACCGACGUGCCGUCCCAGAUUUCCGUAGUUAACACGAAUCAGCUCUGGGAAGACUCCGUGCUAACCGUCAGAUUCCCCAAGUUCAAGGUGCCGCGGUUCUCCUUCCCCGGCCCCGGCGCGGAGGCCGACGUCUUCAUCCCCACCGUGAAGGAGGUGCAGUGUCCGGAGCCCGGCGCCGGUGGGGCCCUCGGCGGGGAGAGCCCGGGGCCGUGGGAAGCCAGCAUCCUGAAGGCAGGCGCCGGGGGCCCCGGGGAGCAGCCUGCGGGCCUCGACCUCUCCUUGGCGGCUCCCCCAAUUUCUAAGGUCAGAGUGCACAUCCAGGGUGCGCAGGCUGAGAGUCAAGAGGUCACCAUACACAGCAGGGUGACGCCAGAGGUCGCAGACCUCCCGAAGCCCCGGGCUUUCUCCACUCAGAUCGUGCGGGAGUCAGAGAUCCCUGUGUCCAAGAUUCAAACACCUGCUUACGGGUUUUCCUUGCUAAAGGUGAAAAUCCCGGAGCCCGAAACGCAAGCUGCGGCACACGCAGUGACACGAGAGGGCUUGGAAGAGGCUGCCACACAAGCCUCCCCGGGAGCAGACCCCGUCCCUGGAGAGCUGCAGCCCGACACCGGGGAGCCAUUCGAGAUCAUCUCCCCCAGUGCCGGCGCACCGGGACCACAGACACUCACCCUGGAAGUCCCUUCUGGCCACCAGCUCGCAGACAGCUGUUUGGAUGAGGAGCCAGCAGAGAUUCUGGAGUUUCCCCCUGACCACGGCCGAGACGCAGCCACGCCGCUGGCAGACGGAGGCAGGGCUCCGACAGAGAGACCGGAAAGUAAAAAACCGGGUCUGCUCUGGUCUUGGCUUCCAAACAUUGGCUUUUCUUCUUCCGUCGAGGAGACAAGCGCUGACUCCAAAGAGGGCGUCCGGAGCCCUGUCCCCGCGGAGACACAGCCCCAGGCGCGGCCGGACGCGGAGCUGCCCAGAAAGCAGGAGAGGGCAGGCUGGUUCCGGUUUCCCAAGUUAGGGUUCUCCUCUUCCCCGGCCAAGAAAGGCAAAAGCACUGAGGAGGAGGCGGGCCCGGCAGAGCAAAAACUCCACGAAGAAACAGUCACCUUUUUUGACGCCCGAGAGAGCUUCUCCCCCGACGAGAAGGACGAGCAGGAGCUGGUGGCGGCGGCACCAGGGACGGAGCCAACCCUGCCGGAGCAGGACGACACGCCUGGCGAUGCCUCUGUGCCCAGACCACCACCACGGGAAGGCCACGAGGUGUGACCUGUCAGCACGGAGACACAGACAGACCGAGUCAGAGAGCAGACCCCCCCCGUCCCUGCAUGGCCCUCCUGACGCGGAACCAAAGACGUGCCCGGCUCCCCCAGGGCCCGGGGAGCAAAGAACACGGCCUGACCUCCCCAGGGCAGGAUCGCCCUGGCACAAUGGCGCUCUUGGUGCCGACGACGGGGACGUCUUGGGGUCUCCGCUAGACAAGCUUCAAGAGACCUGUCCGUACUGCCCGUGAGAACAUGGCUGCUUCUCCGAGGAAAGGGCUGGGGUGGCUGCGGUGUGGCGGUAGUUCCUGGUCACGUCUGUCCUGCUGCUGCUGCUGCUGCUUCCUGGCAGAUGUGGUUUUCCUAUUUCAGGCAGGGUACGGGCGCCCCGGGAAACCCUCCUUCCUGCUACUACGCUUCCCCCUCCGAGCGAGCGUCUCUCUAAGGGCAGCCGCGGGAUGCUUCGUGUGGUGACACUCACAGGCCGCGACAGUGGGCGGGGCCAGCGGCAGAGGGUGGGACGGCUGCACGUGUCCACCUGCCUGCCGGCACCUGUCCAGUGUGCACGGCCGCACGCUGCAGCCCCGCGCCCCGACGUGCACGCUGCGGCCCGACUGCGGACGGGACGGGCUCAGCGGGUCCCUGGAUGGGCAAUAAAGGAAGUGACGU